UCUCAUCUUCCCCCGAUUUGGUCAUUCACGAGACUUGACGUCACUUAUGAAUGAUCCAGUCUCCUCCGUGACGACCGCCACCGCCGCAACUUAGCCGCUCCGGCUUUUAAUCGCGGUUCACGACCACCGUAUCAGCUUCAAACAUCGGAAUCUCAGUUUCUCUCCUCUCCGAUACUUACUAAAAUUAGAUUCAUCACUUCACAUCGGAAAAUGAUGGGCUCGGAGAACGACGAAGACGCCAAUCUCCACGCCUCCUCAAGGGAGGAGAUGGAGAAUCUCUUCCUCCGCGACGAUCCCUUGUCGAGAAGCGACGUCAACGGCGAUCACCACCACCACCACCUCUCUCCGCCGCCGAUUAUCGUCACUCCGGCGGAUUCCGAUCCACUCUCGGCACCGCCUCCGAACGGAAGCAGCUCCUCUUACAUCGAGCCUCCGUCUUACGCGGAUGUUAUCUUCAGCCCUUUCGAUGAUAACGCCUCAGAUGAAUGCAGCAGCCAGUCCCCAAGAUCUCCGUCCUAUUCGACAAGCUCCUCCGAUUACAUCAAGAUCACUGUCUCCAGCCCCCAGAAGGAGCAGGAGACAGCAAGCUCCGUGCUUUCCGGAGGAAGCACUUACAUUACCUACCUGAUCACGACGAGAACGAAUCUCACUGAGUACAAAGGUUCGGACUUUGCCGUGAGGAGGAGGUUUAGAGAUGUUGUUGCGUUGGGGGAUAGGUUGGCUGAGUCUUAUAGAGGGUUCUGUAUUCCACCGAGGCCGGAUAAGAGCGUUGUGGAGAGCCAAGUGAUGCAGAGGCAUGAGUUUGUGGAGCAGCGGAGAGUUGCGUUGGAGAAGUACUUGCGCAGGCUUGCUUUGCAUCCUGUGAUUAGGAUUAGCGAUGAGUUUAAGGUGUUUCUUGGAGUGGAAGGGAAGUUGCCGUUACAGAUGGGAACUGAUGUGGCGUCUAGGGUGUUGGAUGGUGUUGUGAAGCUGCCAAGUGAAGAUCAGCCAGUUAGAGGGGGUAGAGAUCUGUUUAGAUUGUUCAAAGAGCUUAGACAGUCAGUUUCUAAUGACUGGGGUGGAGUAAAACCAGCUGUUGUGGAAGAAGAUAAAGAGUUUCUGGAGAAGAAGGAGAAGAUGCAUGAUCUUGAGAGAGAGAUCAUUAAUGCCUCGCAGCAGGCUGAAACACUUGUCAAGGCACAGCAAGAUAUAGGGGAGACGUUGGGGGAAUUGGGAUUGGCGUUCAUUAAGCUGACAAAGUUCGAGAACGAAGAAGCUGUCUUCAAUUCUCAACGAGCUCGUGCCAAUGAUAUGAAGAAUUUAGCCACUGCAGCUGUGAAAGCUAGUAGAUUUUACAGAGAGCUGAACUCACAAACGGUCAAGCAUUUGGACACACUCCACGAUUACCUAGGAGUAAUGAUGGCGGUCCAGGGCGCAUUUGCAGAUAGAUCAAGUGCUUUACUGACAGUGCAGACGCUUCUAUCUGACGUUUCAUCACUCGAAGGAAGAGCAGAGAAGCUAGAAGCUGCGUCUUCAAAGGUGUUUGGCGGGGACAAAUCAAGGAUUAAGAAGAUAGAAGAGUUAAAAGAAACAAUCAAGGCCACUGAAGACGCCAAAAACGUAGCCAUCAGGGAGUAUGAGCGGAUCAAGGAAAAUAACAGGAGCGAGGUUGAAAGGCUGGACAGAGAAAGGCGUGCAGACUUCUUGAAUAUGAUGAAGGGUUUUGUUGUUAACCAGGUAGGAUAUGCAGAGAAGAUGGCCAAUGUGUGGGCAAAGGCUGCAGAGGAGACUAGUCAAUACAAUAGAGUAUGAAGAUGGCCAAUGCUUCAUAGUGUCGGCUUGUGCUUUCGUUCUUUUUAAAUUAAAAAAAAAAAACUAUGAUUGCCUUUGUGUGUGUAUUACAUCAUUUGCCACAAAACAUCAUCAGCCAUCUUUCACUUUC